AUGGAUGGUUCGAUGGAGCUCGCGCGAUUUCCAUCGAACCAUCCAACUCCGGUCACCGGGUCUGAACGCGCUCAGCCUCAGGAGGUAGAGGGAGCGGACCCUGAGUUGAGGAAAUCGGGGGACGCGACCCACUUCGCCACAGACGGUCCCGCGCCUCGCCGCUAUGACGGCCACACGACCGCAGCUCGUGUGCGUGUGGCCGUCUUUGUCCGGAGUGAAUACUCCAACGCGCUCGUCGGUGACGGCGUCCCCCGAUUUCGCCGCGCUCGGCGAACCUCGACAGCGCUUUCGGUGGCAUGCAGCUCUUUGCGCCUGAAGCCUGGAGAGCAGCUCCUCUGCUGCUCAUACGCUCUGCACAGUUGGCACAGCCUACUGUGCGGCUGCCACAGCUGUGACAGCGAUGGGCUCGCCCUCACUGGCCCUCAGUCACUCGUGCUGCGGCUUGUGUGA